GUAAGUGCCCGUGUCUCUGCCAUGCAGCGCUCAUCGAUUUCAGCUAAUGUUUCGCUUAUAAAAUCUUGAGGAAAUAAUCUUUUCCCCCCAUAAAUAAUAAUAAUUAUAUCAUUCCACAAAGUUAUGGCCAUGUCCUCGUCGACGUUGGCCCCCAUAAGUUGACCUUUUGUAUGUGUGUGUGUUUGUCUUUCAGGUUAGCGUUGUACGUCUACGAGUACCUGCUCCACGUGGGAGCCCAGAAGUCCGCACAGACCUUCCUGUCAGAGAUUCGAUGGGAGAAAAACAUCACAUUAGGGGAGCCCCCAGGAUUCCUCCAUUCAUGGUGGUGUGUAUUCUGGGACCUGUACUGCGCCGCACCGGACCGAAGGGAGACGUGUGAACACUCCAGUGAGGCCAAAGCCUUCCAUGAUUACAGUGCAGCGGCGGCGCCCAGCCCGGUGAUGGGAAACAUGCCCCCCAACGACGGCAUGCCAGGGGGUCCCAUGCCACCAGGCUUCUUUCAGGGACCUCCAGGCUCACAGCAGUCCCCCCAUGCACAGCCCCCUCCCCACAACCCCAGCAACCCCAUGAUGGGACCCCAUGGCCAGCCCUUCAUGUCUCCUCGGUACCCCGGCGGCCCGAGACCGGCGCUCCGAAUGCCAAACCAGCCUCCCGGGGGGAUCCCUGGUUCCCAGCCCCUCCUGCCAAACAGUCUGGACCCCACAAGACCACAAGGACAUCCUAAUAUGGGCGGGCCAAUGAGAAUGAAUCCCCCUAGAGGAAUGGCCAUGGGACCACAGAACUACGGGGGCAUGCGGCCUCCUCCUAACUCCAUGGGCGGUCCCAUGCCAGGAAUGAACAUGGGCCCUGGAGGAAGAGGGCCGUGGCCGGGGCCUAACGCUAACUCUAUAGCCUAUUCUUCCUCAUCUCCCGGAAACUAUGUGGGGCCGCCAGGUGGGGGAGGGCCCCCAGGAACUCCCAUCAUGCCCAGCCCAGGUGACUCGACCAACUCCAGCGAAAAUAUCUACACUAUGAUGAACCCCAUCGGACCGGGAGGCAACAGACCCAACUUCCCCAUGGGGCCGGGGCCUGACGGGCCCAUGGGGGCCAUGGGCGCCAUGGAGCCGCACCACAUGAACGGAUCUCUAGGUUCUGGGGACAUGGACGGGCUGCCAAAGAACUCUCCUAACAACAUGGGCGGCAUGAACAACCCGCCGGGAACGCCGCGGGACGACGGCGAGAUGGGGGGGAACUUCUUGAACCCGUUCCAGAGUGAAAGUUAUUCACCCAACAUGACGAUGAGUGUGUGAUUUUUAUUCUCCUUCAUUUCUUUUCUUUGUGAUCCACGCCCGUUUAUUUUUUGUACCCCCCUCCCCCCACACACACACCUGAUUUUAACAAAUUUUCCCGCUUUGGAUGGACGCCGUACCGCCCCCCCCCCCCCACACAUACACACACACAAACACACCUUUACAACCCCCCCUGCCCCCCCCCCCACAACACUACGAUGGACCCCUUCCCUGGCCGAACUCUGCUGCCCGCACAGCCUUCUGGGAAAGCCCCAGUGCAUGCUGGGACUCUGAUGAAGACGCGGCCCCCCGCGGCGUGCAAGAUGUCCGCCGGCGGGAACAGGAAGUCCUCUCAGCUCCACAGGAAGAACCUGCUCUCUGACUCCUCCCCCCGCCUCCCUGACUUCCUGUCGGGGUCUGGACAAUGAGCGGGGGAAGGGCGAUCGAUGCAGAGAGAGAGAGAGGGAGGGAGGGA